AUGGAACCAAAGCAAGCCCAAGAUCUUGUAACGCAAAUCAAGCAAAAGGUGGAGAAGGUCUACGGUCCGCAGUGGAAUGUCUUUGUAGCUAACGGAGGCUACUGGUCAAUUUGUACGCACAAACCAGGUGGAAACCUCGUAUUUGUUUACCGUGGGAUUGUCUACGGCGUUUACCAGACGCCCGAGCACGAUGACAAGCGCGAUGCUGCCAGACGCGCGAGCAGAAGUGCUUCCAUAGCCAUUACCUCCUCCCAUUAG